AGCAUAAUUGUAGAAAACUUCUCUCUCUCGUCCGAAAAACACAAAAACAGAGCAAACGCUCUCCGUUCUUUUCCUUCCUCCACCGGCCAUCAAUCGACGCCGGACAACCUUCAGUGGCUUCGUCUCAGCCUUGCGAAGCUACCUGCUGCGGUCUUGGGUCACGGCACAGCCGAAAGCAGCGGCGAAGAGACCGGGUUCGUCCAGCCCCGAUUUGGUUCCAAGCUUGGUAGCUCGAGCUACCGGUCACAAAACCUUUCCAAACUCCAUCCUCAGGUUCGUCUCAACCUUAUGAAACUCCCAGAAGCACCCUUGCACGGCGGCGCAGCUCGUAGCAGCGGCUGAAGUCAACCCCGAGCUAGAUCGAACGGAACUUUCGAUCCAGAUAUCUCAAGCUGUAGAGCUUCGUUUCGAGUAAUUAUUGAACUGGGGAGAUCACCUUGAGUUUCUGAACAAAUCUCCAGAAGGAAUCGAAGCGAUUUGUGGAAGUUUUUACGUGGAUCGGAACACCUGCCGGAUUCUGGAAUUUUUCCGACCACCGAAGCUUUCGAUCGAUAUAUCUCGAGCUUCAGACCAUAUUUUUCUGUGAUUCUUGAACCAGUGAGUUCAACUUGAGUUUCUUAACAACUCUCCAGAAGGGAUCGAAGCCUGAAAUUGAAGUUUUGACGUCGAAAUCGAAACUCGCCGGAUUCUGCAAAUUUUCGCCGGAUUCUGGAAAUUUUCCGGCCACCUCGACUGUUCUAGGUGAUUGACGGUUUGAGUUGGUGGACGAUUGUGGAUCGUAUUUUGAGCUGUUAAGAAGACGCAGCGGGAUUAGAGGUAAUGGACUUGGUUGGAGGAAGAGGUAGGGGUCGAGGUAGGGGUAGAGGCAGAGGCAGAGGUAGAGGCAGAGGUAGAGGUAGGGGCAAGGCCCCUCCAGUUGAGGAUGAGGUGGAGACACCAGAGUAUGAACUGCCAGUUCCACCAGUGAUUAAUGUGGUGGACGCCACUCGUCUGUCGAAAUUGACAAAGGAAAUUUAUAGUCUGGGAGCAGUUCCAUUUAAGGGUGGCACAGACUAUAUGUUGGCAGACCAGUGGAUCGAAAAUAUGAAAGGUUACUUCCAGAUGGUGAUUUGUGAUGAACUGGAGAAGAGGAAGAUAGCAUCGUUUAUGCUUCAGGAGGAUGCACGGUUGUGGUGGAGUGGCACUGAGAGGAUGAUGGACGUGACCACUCUAACCUGGGAUGGCUUCGUGGAGCUCUUCAGGAAGAAAUACUUCCCAGUUACCGUGAGACAGCAGUUGGAGAGACAAUUCCAUUCACUAACUCAGGGGAAGUUGAGUGUGAGGGAUUAUGAGGCGGAGUUCAACAGGUUGUAUCAGUUUGUGAGACAGUUAGAUCCUGAGAGUUUGGCCAUGAAGUUUCAGUUAGGGCUGAACCCAUCGAUUCGACGUGAUGUAGCCAUUUUGGAACUAAAGGAACUAAGACUCGUUGUGGCUAAGGCAUUAACCAUCGAGCAGGAAAACCAGAUCCUCUUGGAAGAGCAGACAGUUGAGAGAGAUUUUCAGAGGAAGGGAAAAGCAGUAGCUGAGAGCAGCCAUACAGCAGGCAAACGAGGUAACUUCUGGAAGAGACAAAGGACUAACCAGCAGCAGGCACCAACUAGGGCCAUGGUUGCUACACCUGCUAGGGUGAUGCCUAUUAGACAGGUGGCACCUCAGAAAUGUUACAACUGCCAUGAGUUAGGGCACAUUACACGGAACUGCUUGAAACCGAAGAAAAUAGUGUGCUAUACGUGUGGCCAGGUAGGACAUAUUUCUCGGGAUUGUCCACAGCAACAAGAGAGGGGCCCAAGGAACCAGCAGAGACAACAGCCUCAAGGUCAGGCUAGAGUCUUCGCCAUUGGACAGAGAGGCACAGGGGUGGAAGCGGGUACUACUACAGGUCAGGAGAAUCAGGAAGGUGAUCGAGCUGCGUAGAGUAGCUGCAAGUGUGUUAUUCUGAUUUUCUAUUGUGAGGUUUGUUAUGCUCAUUUAGAGCUUUACAAUUUUACUUAUGAGAGUGAAUUUGUAAUAAUAAACUCGAGGUCUUCGAGAUUUUAUAUUUGAGUGGCGAGUGGUGUGUUUGUUCUGAGAAAAAAAUUCAGAACGUUUAUUUGAUUAAGUUGUUAAAUUCAUGUUUCAGAUUUGAAUUUGUUAUUCAAAA